AUGACAGAAGAGAGCAGAUUCUGCAAAAACUGUAAACGAGAUGUCUCUGCUGCCAAUUUCUCCCUCCAUGAGGCCCACUGCUUGCGGUUUCUCACUCUCUGUCCAGAAUGUGAUGAACCAGUUGUCCAAAAGGAUAUGAAAGACCAUCAAACAGAAGCACACAAGCAGGUCAGAUGUAAUCUUUGUCACCAAAGCAUGCAGCAAUACCAGUUGGAGCAUCAUGAGACCAAGGAAUGCCACAAACGAGCAAUGAAAUGCAAGAUCUGUGAGCUUGAAAUGCCCUUCAACAAGCUGCAGGAACACCUGAAGACCUGUGCCAGCCGAACAGAGUGGUGUCGGGAGUGUAACAAAUACAUCAUGUACAAAGACCAGGACAAACACAAAGAUAUUUGUCAGAACAGUGGUCUGUCCUAUCAUAAGGAUGUGAACUUUCAAACCAGUGAAGCAUCCACUAAUGCAAAAUUUAUUUGCCCCACUGGUACCGAUGGCAAACUUUGUCGGAAGUGCAAUAAGUCAUUCCCAGAAGACCAGUACUCCCAGCAUCUGAAUAAAUGCAGUGCAGCCCAUAAGCUGACAGAAGUUCUUGCUGGCCAGUCAACUUCAAAACUCAGCAGUGAUCCACCACAGUCUUCCUCUCUGGCUCCCUCUUCCCCCAAGAAUGCAAUGGUGUGGAAAGAUGUCCGUCCCAAAGGGAAAGAAAGGGACCAGCCAUCGACCUCCAAAACCUUGCUUAAACCCCCAAAGAACAAAAAGAUUGGUUUUCCCUCUCCCACAAGAGGCGGACUUCCCACAUCACCUCAAGCUCUUAAAGACACCCAGUCUUUUGACAUGCUGGUGACCUGUGCUCAUUGCAACAUUCUUCUGCCGCUUCCAACCCUUCAGAAACAUGAGAUCAAAUGUCUACGUUUGACAUCUUUGAAAAAUGCUGGGAUGAAAUAA